CAUUAUUCUCUGUCGUCCAUUCUUCCAUCGGUUCCUCCGAUGCACGGAGCAGAUUAACGCCAAGCAGCCGGUGUGGAGCGUGGGGAGUGUUGACUUCACGCGCCGGGGAGACUCCGGGCUGGAGCCACGUUGCUACGCUACAGUUCUCCUCUCUCUCCUCCUCCAUAUCUGCUUCAGCCGACUGUCAAGAAGCAUCCGCGAAGGCGCCGUGAAGCUCCCAGUGUGUGAGGCGGUGGACCAGCCAUCAAGGGGGAAGGGGAGGGCUGACGAUCUCUGCCUCUUCCCCUGGACUCCUGCAGCUCUCCUCCUCCAUCACCCCCCCUCCACCAGAGCUCCAGCUCCACCAACACAGCACCGCCCCCUCCACCACGUGUGUGUUGGUUUAGAAUCUCUUGUGGGGCCUCCCCUACACCUGCUGGGUCAGCAGCAGAGUAGGGGGACCGGGGACCAUGUCCUUUCCCUCGGCCAAUGAGUUCCACUGGCAGAGCCUUGCCGGCCUGGCCAGCAGCCGGGUGUACCACACCGUGGCCGAGGUCGGGGGCCAGAUGUACAUGCUGGGGGGCUGCGACGCAGCCGGGAGACCCUGUGCCACCGUGGACCUCUACUCCCCAGAGGGCGACCGAUGGAUCAGCCUGGCUGCCAUGCCGACCCCUCGGGCCGGGGCCGCCGUGGCCGUCCUGGGGAAGCAGAUCCUGGUGGUGGGGGGGGUGGGCGAGGACCAGAGCCCUGUGAAGGCGGUGGAGGUGUACAACACGGAGGAGGGCAGGUGGAGGAAGAGGAGCUCCCUGCGCGAGGCUCUGAUGGGCGUGGCCAUCACUGUGAAAGAUGGGCGGGCCCUGGCCAUAGGGGGGAUGGGGGGGGAUCUCCUCCCCAGAGCCAUCCUGCAGCAGUACGACCUUAGGAAGGACGUGUGGGCCCAGCUGCCCCCCAUGGCCUCUCCCCGCUACGACGCCAACAUACACCUGCUGGCCAACAAGCUCUAUGUGGCCGGCGGCCGUCAAUGCAAGCGUCCCAUCAAGGCCUUCGAGGUCUACGACACGGAGACGCGCUCCUGGACUGCGUUACCCACCAUGCCUUGCAAGCGCUCGUACUGUGGCGUGCUGUGGGACGGUGCCGGCCGGCUGUGUCUGCUGGGGGGGCUGCGCCAGGGCGGCGGCCACCAGAGCUCCAAGUUCACCAAGAACGUCAACAUCUUUGACACCAGCCACGGGGGGUGGCUUAAGUCGGAGGACACCUUGCCGAUGAAGACGAAGAGGGCAGACUUCGCAGCGGCGUUCCUGCGCGGCAGGAUGGUCGUGGCGGGGGGGCUGGGUCAUGAGCCAUCGGCAUUGGGCACAGUGGAGGCGUUCCACCCCCAGAAGAAGAAAUGGGAGCGACUGGCUCCCAUGUCGGUUCCCCGCUGCUCCGCCUCCUCCCUGGUCAUCAGAGACCGCCUCCUGGUGGUGGGAGGAGUCAACCAGGUUCCCAGCAAUGCCCAUGAGAUCCUCUAUGUGAAAGAGGAAGAGUACCUGUAGUCCCCUAAGUACGACUAUGUUCUGUCUAUCCUCACUCCCAGAGCCAUUCCAUGGGCUUUUGUGAUGCAUAUUUCCCAUAAUGCAUUAGGGUUGAUUUACUUUAGGUAUUGAUAAGGUAGAUGGUUUACUAUAUACCUCAGUAUAUCAAGUUACAGGAAAUGUUUAGGUCGAAGGUUAGAGAUGAUUAGGUGUUAGAGAGGGAUAAUCGCUUGCACCCUAUAGCUCGAGCUCCUGAAUCCUACACUCUUGCGAUGGAGGAGCGAUGGUAACAGAUGGAUUGGAAGAUGGGGUUUUACCUAAUAGGUCCAUGGUCAAGGACAAUACUGCCCCCUGGUGGAGCUGGAGGACAAUUACAUUAAGAGAAGACGCGCAAAUACACACACACACACACACGCGCGCGCGUAAACUCACACACACACACACACACACACACACACACACACACACACACACACACACACACACACACACACACA